AACCACCGGGAGACGUCGAAAAUAAAAAUAAAAAAUAAAAAAAAGAGAAAAAAGAGUCUUCGCCGUCAUCGUCGUUUCGUUCUAAUCCCACCCAACUUCUCUUUCUGUUUUCUUUUCACGGCCUUAUGAUCAAAUCAGAAGCUCGAAACCAAUCUUUAUAGCGCUUCUGAAUCUGUGAGGGCUCGACCUCCAGCUACCAACCUCAAUUCGAAACGCACCGUUUCGGCCUCCUGAAUUCCCCAAACCCUAAAUUCCACCAAAUUCCACUCAAUUUCACCGAAUUCCGAAUUUGUCGGCAUCGUUGUUGCCUUCGGCGGCCAUGUUUCCGUGGAACAUCGCGAAGUCGGCUGAGGCGAUGUUCUCGCGGUGGGCCGUGAAGAGAGUCUGCAAGUUCUUGUUGAAGAAGAAGUUGGGGCAGUUCAUACUGGGAGAUAUUGAUGCCGACCAGCUCGAUGUCCAGCUCUCCGAGGGCACUAUUCAGCUCAGCGACCUUGCGCUUAACGUUGAUUUUCUUAAUCAGAAGUUUGGCGCAGCAGCAUCAGUGAUAAUAAAAGAAGGAUCUAUUGGGUCCCUAUUAGUUAGAAUGCCUUGGAAGGGCAAAGGAUGUGAGGUUGAAGUGGAUGAACUUGAGCUUGUGCUAAUUCCCUGUGCAGAGAACAAUUCACAAGGUAGUGCUGAAAGUUGUAACCUUGAUAAGGAUGGUAACCCAGUGAAGCUAGAUGGUGACAUGGGGGAAAAUACCGCAAAAUCUUCUUCCAGGGAUGUGCAUGAAGGUGUUAAAACAAUUGCAAAGAUGGUAAAGUGGUUUCUAACGAGCUUCCAUGUAACGAUAAAAAGGUUGAUUGUUGCAUUUGAUCCUUGUAUAGAAAUGGAUGGAAAGACAUCGGGGUGUCGCUCAACCUUGGUGCUUCGAAUUUCAGAAACAGAAUGCGGAACAUGUGUUUCUGAAGAUGAUACUCAAAAUGCUGAUGCAAGAAUUGAGAACUUUCUCGGGAUUAGUCAACUGACAAACUUUGUCAAGUUUCAAGGAGCAGCACUUGAAUUGCUCCAAAUGGAUGAUGUUGAUAAUCAAACAUGCAUUCCAUGUGAGACAGAAAGCACAUUCGCUGAAUUUUUGUCAGGGUGCCGUCCACCAGGUGCUACCACUCCGAUAUUGAUUGGGAAAAGAGGUGGAUUUUCAGGGAAUUUAAAAUUAAGUAUACCUUGGAAGAAUGGGUCUUUAGACAUUCGUAAAGUGGACGCGGAUGUUUCUAUUGAACCUGUAGAAUUAAGAUUUCAACCUAGCACAAUUAAAUGGCUUUUGCUUGCUUGGGAAAAAUGUAAAAAUCUGGAAAAGGACGGGAGUAGUCAUAAGGCAGCAGAUUCUGUUUUCCUUGAUUCAGCAUCUCACUGCAUUUCACCAAGGUCCGUUUGUUCUGCAGCAGAUAAGGCAAUGCCAAUUUGUGGUAGUUUUCCCACAGAAUCCUCUUCUUUGAUACUGCAAGAAUCAAUGACCGAAGGUCUUCUACCUGGGUCACAUCUUAUAUCAGAUUGGGUACCCUUUUUACUCCAUAAAAAUAAAGCAGAUGCUAUUGAAGAACUUGAUUUUGGUGCAAGUGUGGACCAGUUUUUUGAAUGUUUUGAUGGAAUUAGAAGUUCCCAAUCAGCUUUAGGGAGCAGUGGGGCGUGGAACUGGACGUGUUCUGUUUUCACUGCUAUCACAGCUGCAUCCAGCCUUGCUUCUGGAUCUUUGCAUAUUCCCUCUGAACAGCAGCAUGUUGAAACGAAUCUUAAAGCAACUUUAGCUGGGAUUUCUGUUGUGUUUUCAUUUCAAAAUGAAAACCAGACACAUUUUUGUGAUACUAAGGGCGCUCAUUCAGCUGUUCUAUACCUAGGAGCAGAAUGCCGAGACAUCCUUCUUGUUACGCAGGUAUGCCCCCAAGAAAUAAGGUUUCAAGGAACAAUGGAGUACAUUGAGGUUGCUAAUUACUCAAGUUACAAAGAUGAUACCUUUGAGUUUGGCUUUCAAGGGUGUAAUAACAAUAUUAACAGCCAGACUCUUUCGGUUCUACAUCUUCAAGCUGAUGUUCAAAAUGCUCUUCCUCUGUAUGUCUCAUCUUCUGAAGAUUUGGAUGAAUCAAAUGCUUUAACUGCUGAAGAUUUUCCGUUUGGGUAUGAGGAUGAUGUAGUCAGAACUAUAUUGCUUAAAACUUCAGGUGUUACUCACUGCCAAUUUACUGUGAGUUCUAGUUCAUCAAAUGGGAGUUUAUCUGGGACAACAUCAUUUUCACUGAAACUGCCACAUUUUGUUUUCUGGGUGGACUUCUCUUUGCUAAAUAUGCUAUUUGAACUGGUGAAGGAAUUGGAAAAGCCUGUCGAAAUGAAUAACAAACAGGCUGAGGUUCCUUCUGAGGCCUCCAAUAAGAACCAUGGUUCAUCUCAUGGGAAUCUUAGAAGAUCUUCUAGCUGUGUUACGACCUUGUCUUCAACAGAAAGCCUGCGAGGUGAUAUAUUGAUCCCUAGUGCGAGGAUAAUUCUGUGUUUUCGUGCUAAAGGGGGUGAAGAUGUUAGAGGCUUCUCUUCCUGGGAUCAGUUUAUUGCUCUUGAAUUUUCUUCACCAUCAACUUUUAACAAAGGUAUAAUCCAAGAGCAUGGUCCAACUUCAGAUGCAAGGUCAGAUAAAAGGUUUUCUUCAACAGCCACGCGUUCUUUACAUUUGAAUGUUGGCAAUCUUGAUGUUUUCCUCGUCAGUCCUGCAAGUAAGGAUAAUGCUGGAAUAAGAUCUGGGAACAUGCAGAGGCAAAAAUUUACCGCACAGAAUAUAAUGUCCGUGACUGACAGAACAGGCCGUCUUUCUGUCAUUAGUAUGCUUUGGCAGGAGGGUUAUGUGACUGGUCCUUGGAUAGCAAAGAAAGCCAAGAACUUAGCUACUUUUGAGGAAUCAAGGAGCAUUUCUAAAUUUGUCGGACAAGAUCAUGAGUUUGCCUCUGUAUCUACUGUGAAAGAUCUACAAGAUUUAAACUCCCAUACUCGACAGGAGAUUAUUUUGAGCUCCGCUUUUUCCCUGCAUGCUUGUCUACCUUCUGUUUCAAUAAGUCUAGGCAAUCCUCAAUAUAAGGGCUUGUAUAGUCUUUUAGAUCAGAUGAUAAAUGAGUUAAAUGUGGCUUGUGGUUCAGUCAAUGUUAAGGAAAAAUCUUCUGUGUCUCAGACAUCUAUCCUUGUGGGCUGUGAUUCUGUAGAAAUUUUGAUUAGCCUAGAUGCAAAGGAGAUUGUCAAGAGCUCAAUGCAGAGUGAACUUCCUGGGGCAUGGCAUCAGCUAAAACUGAAAGUUCAGAAACUAGAAAUGCUCUCUGUCUCAAAUAUUGGAGGUAUAACAGGUGCCAAUUUUUUCUGGCUGGCCCAUGGGGAAGGCAAAUUGUGGGGUUCUAUCACUGGUAUUCCUGAUCAGGAGUUUCUUCUGAUCGCAUGUAGCAACUCAACAAUGAAGCGUGGUGAUGGAGGGGGUUCUAAUGCGUUAUCCUCUAGGCUGGCUGGUUCUGAUAUUGUAUAUCUGUGGGAUCCCAAGAGUUUUCAGGGUUCUACAUCUAUAACCGUCCGAUGUGCCACAAUUGUUGCAGUAGGCGGUCGCUUGGAUUGGACUGAUGCAAUAUGCUCCUUUUUCGUUAUUCCUCCUCCUGAAAUUGAGCAAGCAGUGGACAUCGAAAAGGGCGACGUUAAUUCACCUCAUGGAUCGUCUUUUGUUCUUAACUUGGUUGAUGUUGGAUUAAGUUAUGAGCCCUACCUAAAGAAUGCAAUGGUCAGGACUGAAGCUUUAGAUUCGGAGCCUAUUUUUUCAUAUGUCAAAGAAGAUGAGGAACAGGUUUCUUGUCUUUUGGCUGCGUCUUCCUUGAAUCUUUCAAAUUCAACCACGGAAGAUUCAAUGGAAAGUGAAUACAGAAUUAGAGUGCAAGAUCUUGGGCUUCUUCUCCGUGUAAUGGCAAAGCCUGAGGAUGUUGGUGGCAUUUAUAGUGUAGAACAUCUUCACAAUUUUGGGUAUGUUAAAGUUGCCAGAGAGGCACUUGUUGAAGCAACGUUGAAAACUAAUUGUAAUAAUGGCCUUCUCUGGGAGGUAGAAUGUUCAAAAUCUCAUGUUUAUGUGGAAACAUGCUAUGACACCAUGUCUAGUCUGUUUCGUUUGGCUGCCCAACUUCAAAAGUUAUUUGCCCCUGACAUGGAGGAAUCAGUAGUGCAUUUGCAGACUAGAUGGAAUAAAGUACAGCAGGAGCAAGAGAGCAGAGGUUUCAAUGAUGAAGCAAGUAACUCUGGCAGCAAUUCUUUAUUGCCAACUUCUCAAGUGCACACUUUUGGUGCGGUUACAGAGAGUGAAACUCGGUCAGUUGGGUUAAUGGAUGAGAUAUGUGAUGAUGCAUUUCACUUAGAUAAGGAUCAGACCUGUCAAUAUGAUACUUCUGAGUCACAAAUUUGUAUUUCGUUUGAUCAAGACCUUGGAGAGGCACGUUACUCAAGUAUCAAAACUCCUGAAAUUUUCUCUCCUGGUCCAUCUUUUGAUGGGUCAGUGCCUGUAGCGGAAUUAGAAAAUAAUCAAACAUCAUUUCUACAAGAAGGUAAUGUUCUGGAGUUAAUAGAAGGGUAUUGUUUAUCUGAGUUACGACCUCUCUCGGAAUUGUCUGCCAACAGACAAUCACCGCAUGAGAUUCUGAAAUGCAAGACCAGGAAUGUCAUUAACGGAGAUGUUGGAGCAGAAAAUAAUGGAUGGUAUGGUACGUCCGUAAGAAUUCUAGAAAAUCACAUUUCUGAAGCGAGUGAAAGUAGUAUGAAGGAACCUGUUGAAGACAAGCUUCCUUCUAUAGAAGGUACAAAAUGCAACGAUUUUGGAAAGGCCAUUGGAUGUGUACUUCUUAAAAACAUUGAUGUUAGGUGGAGAAUGCUUUCUGGGUCUGAUUGGCACGAUUCUAGAGCAACUGAUCAGCAAUCAGUGGAUUGUAGUGGAAGGGACGCUACUGUUUGUUUAGAAUUUGCACUGUCUGGGAUGGAAUUUCAAUAUGAUGUUUUCCCUGCUGGUGGAAUAAGCGUAUCUAAGCUUUCUCUUUCAGUUCAAGAUUUUUAUCUAUAUGACCGGAGCAAAGAUGCUCCUUGGAAACUGGUACUUGGAUAUUAUCAUUCAAAGGAUCGUCCUCGGAAAUCAUCUUCAAAAGCAUUCAAGCUGGACUUAGAAUCUGUCAGACCGGAUCCUUUAACCCCUCUUGAAGAGUACCGGUUACGUGUCGCGCUCCUUCCCAUGCUAUUGCACCUUCAUCAGUGCCAACUUGAUUUUCUCAUCAGUUUUUUUGGGGCAAAGAGCUCUUCAAUCGACCAGUCUCCAGGGUGUCGUCAAGAUUCAGAUGGUUCAAAACUCUUGCCAGCCAAAAGUAAUAAUCUUGCAUGGCCUACCAUUGAAGAGGAGGCAUUUCUUCCCUACUUUCAGAAAUUUGAUAUAUGGCCUAUUCUUGUUCGGGUUGACUACAGUCCCAGCCGUGUUGAUCUGGCAGCAUUAAGAGGCGGGAAGUAUGUAGAACUUGUAAAUCUUGUCCCAUGGAAGGGGGUUGAGCUACAGCUUAAGCAUGUUCGUGCAGUUGGUAUUUAUGGUUGGGGUAGUGUAUGUGAGACAAUUGUAGGGGAGUGGCUAGAAGAUAUUUCUCAGAAUCAGAUUCACAAAAUAUUGCGAGGUCUUCCUACAAUUAGGUCAUUGGUAGCAGUUGGUGCUGGUGCUGCAAAGUUGGUUUCUUUGCCCAUUGAGAGUUAUAGGAAGGACAAAAGAGUACUUAAGGGAAUGCAAAGAGGUACAAUUGCAUUUCUUAGAAGUAUUUCUCUUGAAGCUGUUGGACUUGGAGUACAUUUGGCCGCUGGGGCUCAUGACAUUUUACUCCAAGCAGAAUAUUUACUUACAGGAAUUCCUUCUUCUGCACCAUGGUCAGUACCACAUAAAAUGAAAACCAAUGUCAGAUCUAAUCAGCCUAAAGAUGCUCAACAAGGAAUUCAUCAGGCAUAUGAAAGCCUCAGUGAUGGCCUGGGGAAAUCUGCCUCUGCUUUGGUCCGGAAUCCCCUAAAAAAAUACCAACGUGGGGCUGGUGCAGGAUCAGCUUUGGCAACUGCUGUUCGGGCAGUUCCUGCAGCUGCUAUAGCUCCGGCUUCGGCUUGUGCUAGUGCUGUACAUUGUGCUCUUCUUGGCUUCAGAAAUAGCCUUGAUCCUGAGCGCAAGAAAGAGUCCAUGGAGAAAUAUCUGGGUCCCCCUCAGCCAUGGGAACAAAACUGAUGGUGAUUAAACUAUAACUGAAAAUUUGAACUCUUGCAUGCCUGGGGAAAGGAGAUCAUUACUGGACCAUCUAUUCCUGUUAGAACUUAUGUAUCAUGUGUACAGUUACCGGGAUUGUCACCGGAUUCUUUCCAUCAGAAACAUCAGGUAGUUUUGUACGAAAAUGUAAAUGGAUAAAUAGCGCUCAAAGGUUGUACCAUACCCACAAACGUUGUAGAUUUAGCAUCCGACUGGCAUAGUUAGUUAGAUAGCCAUUGUUAUUCUUUCAAAAAGCCUCAUCAAGUGUAAGUUUGCAUUUGUUUGCUGUAAAUAUUUAUUCAAAACAUUAUUUCUCAAUCAGCGUCGGUACAUGCAACGUGCAUAAUAUUGCUUA